AUGACGCCCAAAAGCUUCGCCGUUCCGACCUAUGUCAAGAUGUGCAUCCUCACAUCACUGAUAGGUUUCUUGUUUGGAUACGACACGGGAAGCAUCGGCCCCGUCACGACCAUGGCAGAAUUCAAGGCCGUUAUGGGGGACUUUUCCGACACCAUUCGCGGCGUCGUGGUUUCGUCGUCCCUCAUCACCGGUGCCGCGUCCGCGUCCAUUGCCGGCAUCCUCGCCGACAGGUACGGCCGCAUCCGCAUCUCGGCUCUGGGGGCCUGCAUCGACGGUGUCGGUGUCGCCAUUGAGUGUGCCAGCCCUGUGCUUGGCGUCUUCAUCCUCGGCCGCCUGAUCAAAGGCAUCGGUGCCGGCCUCUAUCUCAGCACCAUCUACGUGCAGGUCUCCGAGAUGUCGCCGGCACGCUACCGUGGCGUGUUGACCUCUAUCCCGCAAUUCAUCAUCGUCAUCGGCCUCAUCGCCGGCUACUUUGUCUGCUACGGCACCUCCAACAUCAAGGACUCGUCUCUGGCCUGGCGCCUGCCUCUGGCCAUCGCUUCCUUCGCCGCUUUUGUCCUCGCCGUCGCCGUCUGCUUCGUCCCCCCUUCGCCGCGCUGGUUUCUCACCAAGGGCGAGCUCGAAAAAGCCCGCGUCGUGGUUCAACGGCUCGGCUUCGGCCAGGCCGAGCAGGACGAGCUGCUCGCCCAACAACAGGAUGAGAUGCCGGCCGAUGCGGUCGAGCCGUCACUGGCCACUAGCAUCGUCCACAUGUUCCGUGACUUCCGUGAGGCCUUCCGGCAACCCUACCGCUCCCGCACCAUAUUCGGCUGCCUCAUCAUGGCCAUGCAGCAGUUCAGCGGCAUCGACGGCGUCCUAUACUAUGCCCCGUUACUCUUCCAAAACGCCGGCCUCAAGUCGACCGAGGCGUCCUUCCUCGCUUCGGGCGUGUCUGGCCUCGUCAUCUUCGCCAUCACUAUCCCUGCUACCCUGCUGGCUGACCACUGGGGCCGCCGGACAGCCUCCAUCCUUGGCGGCGUGCUCGUCUCUGUCCUGAUGCUGCUCAUGGGCUCCCUCUACGCCGCCGACCAGGUGCACGGCGCCGGCCGCUGGGUAGUCAUCGUCUGCAUAUACCUGUUCGCCAUCUCCUUCAACGGCACCUGGGGUAUCGUCUUCCGUAUCUACCUAGUCGAGAGCCUGCCGAGAAAGACCCGCUCGAGUGCGUCUUCUUUGGCGCAGAGCGCAAACUGGGUGGCCAACUACAUCGUUGCACUUGUCACGCCCGUUCUUCUCUCAGCGUCGACAAGCGGGGCAUAUUUCUUUUUCGGGGGUAUGACGGUGAUCUGCACGGUCAUUGUAACCCUAUACAUGGUCGAAACAAGGGGAGCUACCUUGGAAGCUAUCGAGCAGGCAUACACGGAUAGGAUGGCGAGCAAAGCCUUGAAGCGCAAGGCUGAAAAGACCACGAUUGAGACGAACAGUGCUGAGGCCAGCAGCUUUGAAUUGGGGAGGACGGAAAAGAAAGAGUUCACAACCGUUUCUGAGACGUUUGUUGAGAGCGAAUAG